UACAUCCUCUGCCAUAAAGCCCCACUCGACCCACCCCAGUUCCUCUCAGCCGCCAAUUAUCUCUUCCCUCGUAUUUUCUCUGUAAUUUUCCAACCAUGAGCUCCUCACAUUCUCUAAAAUCCACCCCUCUCAAAUCCAAAAAAUCUCUGAACCUAACCUCUAAAUCGCCCGUUUCCAAAACCCCAGAAAAGCACGCCUCCCAGCUCCCCAACCGGGCUCGUAACAGUGGCGUUGCUCUCUCCAUCAAGGAGAUCCGUUCAGUUGCCCAGACCCAGCCCAAACCUCCGAAUGACCAUAAUAAAUCGGCCCGAAAACAGAUCUUAUCCUGGGCCACCGAAUCUCCUCCACCCAAAACCUCCGGUGACGGUCCCGAUAAGCUUCCUGAAAAGUACGAGAUAUUGUGUGGGUUCUUCGAUAGUUUGGAUUCUGCAAUCCGGCUGCUAAAACUGAAGGGCGCGAUGCCAACUUUUACUAAUAUCAGUCCCAAAAUAGAGUGCUUAACUGAUAGGAGGUUUUCAUACGGCCACUUGGCCCAAUUGAAGCAUAUUCUACCCGAGGCGAUUGAGAUAAAGAGGAUUCUGAUCUUUGAUGAGGGGACUAGUUGUAUGAAACCAGAUCUCCGCAUUAGCAUCAUUGCCGAUGCAAUUGACUGUGGGCAUGAUUCAGAAUCUGAGACCAAGAAUCUGAGCUUGAGGAGGGUUUUUCGAGCUCGGCUUGCAGAUUAUGUCAAGGCUCAUCCUGAGGGUGGUGAAAUUCCAGAAGAAGAUCUCCCAGAGCCAUUCAAUCGUUCAAAGCAGAAUAAGCGAUUGAACAUGAUCAAAGGACCUAUUUCAUUGUCAUCUGAUGAGUCAUCAACUGAUACACCGUCAGAGCAGCAAUCCUUGACAGCACAAGAUGAAGUAAUUCAAGAGGAAACACGACCGCAACCAUCCAAUCAUUCAAAUUCCAUUUCAAGACUGGCUGUGGAGACAUUAGUUGAUGCAGUUAAUGACCAGCAACCUGUUGUAGCAUCUCAUGUAUCUUGUUCAUUUCGAAAGCGCUUUUCCCAAAAAGCCACAAGCAGAGCUCAGGAGGUUGUCCAAAAAUGUUCAAAGGUUUCCCUUCAAUCUACAAAUUUUCAUGUUCCAGAGCCAUGUGCUGACAGAUCUGCCUACAGUGACAAAACUAGCUCUGCUCCAACUCGAUCCCCAACUAAACUUUUAUCUAAACCAACUAUCUGUGAGACGAGUUCCAGAAGUUGCCACCUUGCAACUCCUGUCAAAGAAAUAAAUCAUUUGAAAACUGAAGAUGACUCUCCUACAAAAGCUGGCAGUAUUCAGUCCACUCCUGCAAAACUAGCUUCAACUCCCGCUAGGCUGAUGACUGCCACACCUACUUUACAGCCGGAAAAGAGAUGUUAUAUGAGCCCAAAUGAAGUUUCUUCCAGUUUAUCAAACAAGUUAGUUCGGAGGCCACCACGUACCAGGUCCUUGAAAUUUGACAGUCCUGUGAAGGAAGAGAAGGAUGUUGAUGAAGUGCAUGAGAUGGCAUGCAAUCCAGCCAAUAAUGACAAUGACGAUGUUCUCUCCAUUCUGCCCGCGAGCCUUCUGCAUUCAAUAAGGGAGAAAGAGAGGAAAGCAAUGGAGGAGCAAGACCCAGCAAUCUCACAAGCAAAGAGGCGACAAAGGAUGAUUGCCUGCCUACCUAAGCUCUUCAACAUGAUUCACUAUCUAUUCCAGUCCAUAAAGCGCUCUGUUAUUACCAAAGAAGAGCUUAUGCACAAAAUAAUUGCUGGCCAUUGUGAUAUUGCUGAUAGAGGAGAAGUUGAGGAGCAGCUAAAACUGUUGCAAGAGCUAGCUCCAGAAUGGAUAUCUGAAAAGAUGGCCUCUGCUGGGGAUUUACUUGUUUGCAUCAAUAAAGUGUCAAGCCCUGAGUCAAUUCGAAUGCGGCUUCAAGAAGCAAAAUGAGUGGAGAAUCAGUGCCCAGUUUCAUUAAAUUAUAUAUGAAGUUAUAUUGACAGAUGGAGUUCAAGUUUCUGACCACAUUCAGCUUUUGUAAAGUUUUUGUACAAGUUUGAUGCAUGUAUAACCAUAUUUAGGUAGAAGAUGUAGGAAUGUAAGAUGAUAGCUACUAUUGAGUUUGAAGUAUGAUGCAUGUAUAACCAUAUUUAGGUAGAAGAUGUAGGAAUGUAAGAUGAUAGCUACUAUUGAGUUUGAUCCACCAUGUCAAUACAAGUGCUUUUCUUGACUA